AGAUGCGAUUUGAUGUCAACCAAAAAUUCCAUUUUUGAGUCAUCCUCUUCUUCGCUGGAACAAAUUUCUCAUCUGUUAUGACGGUUUGUAAGCAACACUUUACUUGAAAACUCAUGCAAGCAAAGGAAAGAGCGCUUUCGUUUCUCUCAUUAUCUUUUUGUAGAAGAGUUUAUGGAAGUUGGCAGCACGUACAAACAAAAUAUGGAGUCUCUUGUCCACAGACCUUAUACAGAAUUCCUUGUCUACGCUUCUAUUCCUUGAGGCUUCAAAAGUUAGAACCCAAAAAGAGGCCCAGACUAGUGACUACGCUAUCAAAGUGUUUUACUGGCUACAAGAUUUUACAGCGUGCCUCCUUAACAGGCCACAGCAGCAAGGGAAAGAAUUCACAGAAGAAGCACUCUGACAACUAUUAUGACGAUGACGAACUUUCGUUUGGCGGUGGUAAGAACAUUCGUCCAAGAGACCCAGAGGAGAUUAUUUUCGAUUCCUUGUCUUAUGACUUAGAAAGUUGGAAUUGUCCAAAAAUAGAAAGGAAAAAAUCAUUGUCCAGUUUGCAACUUGAUAGCUCGAAUGCAAGUGAAGAAUCUGAAUCUCAAAGUGGUUCCAGUUCAGUUGGAGGUAAAGAUAUCUGUUCGAACCAUGUUGUUUUGGAAUAUUCUCCAAAUGGAGUACAUACUCCCCAAGCUGAGGUUCCAGUUCAAACCAAGAAGACUUUAUCAAAACUAUAUAUUUUGGAUACUAAUGUUAUUUUGCAUGAUUCUUCUUGCAUUUAUAAGUUUGGAACAGCUGAUAUUUGUAUUCCUAUAAUAGUUCUAGAAGAGUUGGACAAGUUUAAGCGUGGAAAUGAAGAGCUAAACAGACAUGCCAGAGAAUUUUUACGAAUUUUGGAUGAUUUGGCUAGUCAGAACUCGGAAACAAAUUUGGAAGCUCUUGUAUCUUCCAAGUGGACCGACUCUAACAGUUUUCCAAUUCCAAGACCGGAGACUGAAUCUGACAGUAACAUUCAUACUGAAAAUCAGGUAGACCAAAAGCAUCCACGCUCGGAUUGUUUGUCACAAGAGGGAUUUCCAUUAGGUGAAAGUCUUGGAAGGAUUCAUAUAGGAAUUGCGCCAAGAAGUCCAGUUAUUGAGGCGAGAUUUUUCUAUGACUCUCCUGACCACCGAAUUCUUGGUUUAAUGCAUCAGCUUACAAAGGAUAGAGCCACAGCUUCCAUAAAAGCCCACUUUGGUAAUUUCGUGGACUUGAAUGAAGCUUCAAUAUCCCUGAUGGAGCGAGGCAUCAUUCCGAGGCUGACUUCACAAGAUAGACUCAACCAAGAGAUUUGUGAAAUGUUUUUAAUGGCAUGCCAAGAUACCAUUCUAGUCACGAAGGAUACCAAUUUGAGAAUGAAAGCAAGAGCGUUGGGUUUGAAGACGGAAGAUUAUGUAACUGACAGAAUAAUGACCAAUCUGAAGGAUUUGUAUUGUGGGAAACGAGUCGUCGAAAAUAUCCCUUCUGAUAUUAUUUCUUCGUUUUAUGAAAGUCCCUAUUAUGUUGAGAAAGAAGUUUUGGAAAAAUUUGUAAGCAACCCAAUUAUGAACGAAAAUUUUAUUCUAAGGAAUGGGUCCAAAUCGGCGCUUGCCUGCUUUUCCUAUCAUCCAUUGUGUGGGACUUUUGUAUUCCAGCGUGUAGAAAAGAAAUCAGCUUUUCGUAUUCACCCUCGUAAUGCAGAGCAAGCUUUUGCAUUGCAUGCCUUAUUGGACAAGAAGAUUUUAUUGGUUACUAUCAGUGGUAAUCCUGGAACUGGAAAGACUCUUUUGGCAUUAGCUGCCGCCUUAGAACAGCAUCAAGACUAUCGUCAGAUAUACUUGUCUCGUCCCAUUGUACCUUUGAGCAAUCGUGAUAUCGGCUAUCUUCCGGGAACAGUAGAUUCGAAAAUUGAGCCUUACAUGCAACCUUUGUUUGACAAUUUGGGUGUAAUUAAGUCGGUGAACAGUAACAAAGACGACUGUAAAGUAGUUUCUAGUCCAUCUUCUAUGAAGGAACUCCUACAAGUAGUUGAAACAGAAAAAUUGAAAAUUACACCGCUGACGUUUAUUCGAGGGCGGAGUUUUUACAACUCCUUUUUUAUUGUGGAUGAAGCUCAAAAUUUAACUCCCCAUGAAGUGAAGACUAUUAUUACGAGAGCUGGCGAAGGCACAAAGAUUGUGUUUACAGGUGAUGUGCAUCAAAUUGACAAUCCUUAUGUUGAUGUGCGCAGCAAUGGUCUUAGUUAUCUUAUUGAGAGGAUGAAAGGACAGCCAUUAUUUGCGCACAUUUCUUUGGAAAAGGGAGAAAGAAGUGAGCUUUCCAAAAUUGCCAGUGAUUUAUUGUAAAUAGAAGCUAGAGAAUUGUUUGGUUGUGGUCUCUUUGGAUGUCCAAAAAGAGGUAUUUUUCAUUUGUCUAUUUGUAAGCUGGAUAAGAUACAAUGAUGUCGACGAACACUCUGUAUGUUCAACAUAAUAGUUUUAUAUUUUUUUGUGUGGCAUAUAAAAAUUUGAAAUUUUGC